AUGUCACUUCUUAGCCUCUGCAGGGAUUACGUGGCGGAACGGAGCCGUGACCGUCUGCUUCGGCGAUUUUUUUCUGGGAGCAUCGCAGCUUUUCUUUUGCUGCUGGUGUUGUCGCCGGGCAGUCGCAUUGCCAAAACACUUCAUGUACGCCAAAAGAGGAAACUGUUGGAAGUCAAAAGGCAGCGAGGUCCAAGUUUUUCCGCGAAUGCGCAUGAACGACCGCGCCCUUCCGUUUAUAGAAGAUUUCUUUUUCUGCUACGAAUAGCCGUGCCGUCUUUGAGCUCACGGGAAAGCGGAACGCUAAUGAUCAUCUCGUCACUGCUUCUGUUGCAGACAUCUCUCUCACUGCGUGUCCUGAAAAUAAGCGGGCAAUUGGGUAAGACGGUAAUUGCCUGUGACCUUGUGGCCAUGGCAAAAAAAAUUGUAGUGUUCAUGGCGUGGUGCCUUCCUGUUGCCCUCACAAACAGCUCCGUGAAUUACUGCGUGGGGAUUCUGACGCUGCAGCUUCAAUCAAACCUGAGCCGCUACUUUUAUCGACGGUAUUUGAACCAGAAGGUGUUUUAUCCUUUAGCCAGCUCGCACUUUGUGGAGGAGGUUGACCAGCGCAUGACGAAGGAUAUUGAAAGCUGGUCCUUGUCUCUUACAAGCAUGUAUACAUGCCUUUUUAAACCCCUUUUAGACGUUGCGCUGUUUACGUAUAAAGUGGCGUCCAUCACUGGUGCUCGCGGCUCCCUGGCUAUACUCGGCUACCAUAUUGGGUUUGUGGUGUUUGCCCAUACGUUUUUACCGGAUUUGGAGCGUAUUGUGACUGAACAACUGGCACGGAAUGGCGCCCUCGUAACGGCCCACCAGCGUCUUAUCUCAUAUGCGGAAGAAUAUGUCAUGACGCAAGGACAACAUUUUCAUCGAUCUCUCAUGGAGAAAUAUCUUGCAUCUAUCAUUGAGCAUGAUCAAUGGGCCUCCUACGUGCGUGGUGGCUACAGCAUCAUGGAGAUAUUUUUCCUCAAGUAUGGAUCACUCUUACUUAGCUCCAUUAUUUGUGGAGCAGCUGUGUUUAAUAAACAUACGGAGGGAAUGUCUGCGGCAGAUCUUAUGGCAUUUUUUGUGGAGACAUCAUAUCUUGUCAAUAAAUUGUCCUUUUCUAUUGGGAGCAUCCUUAAGAAUCUCCGGAAACUUUUUGUUUUGCAUGCGCUAACGAACCGUGUGUAUGAACUGCAGGAGGGGAUCGAGAAGGCGAUUGAAGAUGGGGCGGGAGCCGUGGCGGGUGAGGUGGUGAGAGGAAAUUACAUUGAGUUUGACCGCGUCCCGAUUGUCUUGCCGACCGGUGAAGUCUUGUGCGAAGAGCUGUCGUUUUACGUGAAACCAGGGAUGAAUCUCCUUGUCGUUGGCCCGAAUGGCUGCGGGAAGUCUUCCAUGGUCCGACUAUUGGGCGGACUCUGGCCACUUCAGAGUGGCCGUAUCAUGAGGCCGCGGAAUGAUCAGAUUUAUUACGUGCCGCAACGACCGUACAUGUCGAAUGGGACCCUGCGAGACCAAAUUACGUAUCCGCUGAAGAGCAGCGAGGCCGGUGCUAGCGAAGCGACGCUGCUGCACUGCCUGGAGCUGGCCGUUUUUGACGACAUUUUUGCAAAGCCGAAUAUUACGUGGGACUCGUCUCUCUCGUGGGCGGGUGACACGCUGUCGAUGGGGGAAAAGCAGAAACUGGCCAUGGCACGGCUCUUCUUUCAUCGACCGCGUUUUGCCAUUCUUGAUGAGUGCAGCAGCAUGAUGGACGUGGAGGUGGAGGAGAGGCUGUACAGCGUGUGCCACCAGCUUGGCAUCUCCCUCAUCACCAUCGCCCAUCGCCGCUCCGUCUGGAAGCAUCACAAUUGGAUUCUCCGUUUUGACGGCUGCGGCGGAUUUUUGUUUUCGCCCAUUACAUUUGUUGCGGAGGGGGUCGUUGUUCUCACAAAUGUCGUCAACGCAUCCGAGCCGUUUAUGGUGGGGGAGGAGGUGCGGCUUGACUUGUCCCAGUACGAUGUGUGA